CUAUAAGGGACUUAGAAAUUCGAAAACAAGACAAUGCUGACUUUUUUAAUGAUCAAGCUAAUCUUCAACUAAUAAAAGAUUUUUUAAAAUGUAUGCUUGAUAUUAGAAAAUUUAUUACUGAUGUUUCUCGGCUCGGUUCAUUUGGUAACUACUUUCAGGCUGGUAAUAUUGUACAAAAAUAUAAGGAUUUAUCGGGUAGAUUUGAUGGGUACAUGGCAUCUUUAAAUUUUGCCGUGAGCAAAGCUACUUAUAAGAGCGUUCAAAACAUAAGUCAUAAUUUUGGAAAUGUUGAUUUAGAGUUUGAACUCAAAUCUAUUAAAGAAGAUUUGGCUGAAAUGAAAAAGUUCAUGUUUGAUAUGUCUGAUGGUAGAACCGGUCCAGACGAAAAUACCUUUACAGAUAUCAAAAGAAUUAGAGAGUUAAACGUCCGCUAUCAACGGGAACAACGUAAAGGUACUGAAACCUCAAUUGAACCUGCAACCUUCUUGAAAUUAGACGAAUACGAACCUAAAUAUGAAUCUGAGCCCCGCAGUAAAACCAUUCAUUGUAGAUGGAGUAAUGCACUCCUUUUAGAAUGUGCAUUUAAAGAAAUUCCUCAGAUCGAUGAACAAAGUGAAAAAGAAAUUGGCCAACAAGUUGCUAUUCUGAAAGAAUUAAAAAAUUCUGAAUAUAUUAUUAGGUUUUAUGGAAUAGCAAAGUCCAGUGACGGAUCAAAAUGUUAUCUGGUGACAGACUGGAUGGAAAAUGGUACUUUACAGGAAUAUUACAAGACACAUACAUUGGAUUGGAAUAAAAAGUUUGAAUUUUAUUAG